AUGCAGCAACCUUCAUCUUUUCUUUUCAGUUUUCAUUCUCUCGUCAUUUUUCGUCAUUUUUUUUAGUUUUUUUUUUCAAUAUUUCUCUAUCCAAACCCAUUAUAUGAUUAAAUAAUCACCAAAUAAAUAGCCUACCCCGAAACUUACUAGACCAAGUUCAACAAAUUAUCAGCACCAACUUAUAAACCAUAACGCGAUUCUCCAACGCCGUUGUUGUUUCCUGAAACUUCUCAAACAGAAGCAACUUAAGCCAGCAAAGAACAACCUUUAAACCAAUUCAUUCAAAAUUACGUUUCUUGCUUCGCUUCCCCCAACCCACAAUUUCCUCUCAAUUUCCCUGAUCCUAUUUAAACCAACUCACAUUAACCCUCAAUUUCCCAAACCGAUCGUGUUCUCUCUCACGAGAGCACGGUCGCCGAAGAAGUAAGAAAACCAAUGCCAGAAACCGAAAACGCGGCGGCGACGGCGGCGGCGGAGGAGGAGAACAACACCGCCCUGUUUGGAAAAUACGAGGUUGGAAGGCUCCUAGGAUGCGGCGCGUUCGCGAAGGUGUACCACGCGCGCAACACCGAGACUGGGCAGAGCGUGGCGGUUAAAGUCAUAAGCAAAAAGAAACUAAACUCGUCAGGGUUAGCUUCCAACGUGAAACGCGAGAUUUCCAUCAUGAGCCGCCUCCACCACCCAAACAUCGUGAAACUCCACGAAGUGCUCGCUACAAAAACGAAGAUCUACUUUAUCUUGGAAUUCGCGAAGGGCGGCGAGCUCUUCGCGAGAAUCGCGAAGAGCCGAUUCAGCGAAGAUCUCGCGAGACGGUAUUUUCAGCAGCUCAUCUCCGCCGUCGGGUACUGCCACGCGCGCGGCGUUUUCCACCGCGACCUGAAGCCGGAGAAUCUCCUGCUGGACGAGCAGGGCAACCUUAAAGUCUCCGACUUUGGACUCAGCGCGGUGAAGGACCAGAUAGGGGUGGACGGGUUGCUUCACACGCUGUGUGGGACCCCUGCUUACGUGGCACCCGAGAUUCUCGCGAAGAAGGGUUACGAUGGGGCGAAGGUUGAUGUUUGGUCAUGUGGGAUUAUCCUCUUUGUUCUUGUCGCUGGGUAUCUUCCGUUUAAUGAUCCUAAUUUGAUGGUUAUGUAUAAGAAGAUUUACAAAGGGGAGUUUCGGUGUCCGAGGUGGUUUUCGAUGGAGUUAAGGAGGAUUCUGACGAGGUUGUUGGAUACGAAUCCUGAUACGAGAAUAACCGUUGAUGAGAUCAUGAAGGACACGUGGUUUAAGAAGGGGUAUAAAGAGGUAAAGUUUGGGGAUUUGGGUUUGGAGUGGAAGAGUGAGGGUGAGGGUGUCAAGGAUUUGAAUGCUUUUGAUAUAAUUUCGUUUUCUACGGGGUUGAAUCUUUCUGGGUUGUUUGAUUCGUCGUGUGGGGUGGAGGAGGGGGAGAGGUUUUUGCUCAGGGAGUCGCCGGAGAAGGUGGUGGAGAUGCUGGUGGCGGCGGCGGAGAAGGAGGGGGUUGUGGUGAGGAUGAGGAAGGAGUGUGGGGUGGAGUUGGAGGGGUGUGGGGGUAAUUUCGCUGCUUUGGUGGAGGUGUACCGGUUACCGGGAGAGCUGGUUGUGGUGGAGGUUAGAAGAAGGGAUGGGGAUGGUGGGGUUUUUAGGGAUGUGUGGAGGAAUAAGCUGAGGCCGUGUUUGUGUGCUGCGAGUAGCAGUACGACGUCGGAUCGGGAUGGAACAACUUUGGCGCAGCCGGUUGCCGGUGAUUCAUGAUUAGGGGUUAUUAUUUUUUUCUCUCUCUCUUCUUUUUAAUUCCUAAUUUUAAAUAAAAUUGAAAAAAAAUAGGCAGGUGGAGGUUUGAAAAUUGAAAUGUGUUAUGGCCGAAAUGUAAUAUUGGCUGGCCAUUGUGAAGUGGGGGCACAAAUGGAUUUGGAACACUUGUGUGACCAAGGGUGCAUUGCAAGUUAAUGAUGUAUAUUUUUAUGAUGCUUAUGUGUAAAGUAUACUUUUUGCUUCGCUUUA